UUGCAGUAUAGCGCAUCCUAUGCAGCAAAUAAAGGAAGGCUCAACCACCAGACCACUUAUAUUGCUAAGCGCAACGACAAGGGCCAAUGGUUCCAAGUGGAUUUUGGAAAGAUUGUCAAAAUAACGAGGAUUUUGACCCAAGGACGCCAUAACGCCGCACAAUGGGUGACCAAGUUUAUAGUGUCUUACAGCCUUGAUGGAGGAUAUUUCUCGUUUCAACUUCACCAUCCUUACAAUGUUCCGCGGGUAAAAAUAUAUAAUAGUUUUCAUAGAAAAAUACAUAAAGUGAAAUUAUUUUUCUGCUCUGAACAAUUUGAGCUUUAAAAUUCCACCAAUAGCGAUAAUUUUGAGCUAUUUACGAGCUGCGAGCCUUCACUCAUUGCAGAGAACACUGAGUGCUUCCUGUAGUAAACCCAAACCAAAGAAAUCACUGAGGCAAACUGGAGUAAAAGUCGUUGUUUGUAGUAAACUUUGUAGCUUAUUGGUUUGACGCGAGCUUUCUAGACCAAUUACUGAGCGUUGCCUAAAAUCACAAACUGAGUCUAAAUAUAGAUUCCACGUGUAGAUUUAAAGCAAGAAACAUAUACAACUAACUUUUCUUUCCUAUCGCGAACUUUAUGUACAUCCAAAAAUAAAUGUCACGUAUAGUUUUGUAUGGAAUGAUCUUUUUUGUAAAAACAAAAAGAGUAAAGAUACCGCUAUGGGUCUAACAACAACCCAACAAUAUCUGUUAAAUAAGCAAAAAAUGUUUGUAAGUAUAAUGAAUGUGUUUUUUUUCUUUCUAGGAAUACUAUGCCAAUAGAGACUAUCAGACUGUCGUGGAAACCAAGCUGGACGAACCAAUCAUCGCCCGUAUUUUUCGUGUUCACCCGGUGGAAUGGCAUGCAUACAUUUCUAUGAGGCUUGAGUUUGUUGGUUGUGACUCAGGUAACUGUACACCCUAUUAAUACUAAUACGCUGAUUUGUUUCUUAGCAUUUACUGAGUAUUCACGCUUGCAUGUGAGAAUAUAACUACUUAUACCCUGUUCUCUUGUCUUUUUAUUUUUUGCUUUUCAAGGCUUCCAACCUCCAGUUUUUCCUACGUGCAUGGAUGGACUUGGAAUGGAAGAUCCCAACCAAAUCCCUGAUUCAGCCAUAACUGCUUCUUCCUAUUAUAACAACAACUACCGGCCGAGCCAAGGUCGUCUUUACCAACAGUAUCAGGGAGGUUCUGGAAGCUGGCUGGCCAAAACAAACGACCAGAACCAAUGGCUUCAAGUGAACUUAGGAGGAUGGAGGCAAGUGAUGAGAUUCUGCACCCAAGGAAGGCUGGAUGCGGCACAGUGGCUGACUAGCUACUCACUGGCGUUCAGUUAUGAUGGAGUCUUUUACAAAACGCUCCAAGGGGUAAUUAACGAAUUGUUUUAGUGAUGAAUAGACUUUUCUUAAUACUAGCUGCCGAAAUGAAAAUUCCGUAUCCUCAAGAAGAAAUGUUCUUAUAGUUAGAAAACAAGUGGUUUUAUAUUAUAAAAUGAUUUUCGAGUCGAUGCAGCUCUUACAAUCUAAGGAAUGAAAGUCUGUAAUUGUCGAUGUUAUCCAGAGGCAAAAUGUAAAAUCAAACAGAAGAAAAAAAUAACUAAUAGCGGCCUUUUCACCAAAUAUUUAGCGGUAAGCACUACGGAAGUAAACAUGGAUUUAUGUAUAAACUCUCGCUGACUUAAGAUCGUAUAUCUUCGUGGAUGGUAUUAAGGCGCGCUCUGAGUGGCUAGUCAAAAUUCAAAUACCCUUUGCUGUUCACCUCUGAGCAAUUCGCACGGGAUUUGUAAUCUUUACAGGGGUAAAUGAGUUUAAAUCAUCUCUUUUGUGCUAUUUUAUCUCACUGUUCUAGUAUGAACUAAAAAAACUGUUCACCUCAGUCUCAGUGGCAAGCGGUGACACCGACACAGAUGUGAAUGGUUGUUUUAAAUUAUUUUGAUGUAAAACUAUAAAAAUCUAGCUAAUUUAAUCUUUAAACGUUUGUUGUAUCUUGUCAGACAUUCAAGGGAAACACAGACCAAUUUAUGCCCGUUUGCCAUUUGCUGAAGCAGGGACAAGUGAUAGCGCGAUAUGUGCGAAUUAUUCCUCGGUCCUGGCAUGGGCAUAUUGCCUUGAGAGCUGGUUUUUAUGGCUGUGAAUCUGGUAAGUUUUUCUCUCAACAUAUGAGAUCCUUUUAUUCAAUGUCGAAUCAUUUUCUUUAAAAAGGGUACCUGAAAUUCACGAAGGGGAUUGCGCCAUAAAAGAAAUUUCGCUUAUCGUGCCAUACUACCGAUGAGUACCUGGUUAAUCAAGCAAUCAUAUCGUUACGGCGAAGAAAUAGGAAAAUGUUUUUAAUUUUUUGGUAGCAAUUCAAAAUAAUUCCAGAUAGUAAAGAUGAUGGUGUUUUUAAAAUAAUAUAAUUUUCCUGUCCUUUCUUUGUUUUUUUUCGCAACCAGGAUUUGAUAUCCCCAAAAUAGAGUGCGCAUCGCCUCUAGGGAUGGAAAGCGGUGACAUAGAAGAUUCAGCCAUUGUAGCGUCGUCGCGCUAUAACCAGUGGUGGGGGCCUGAGCGUGGAAGAUUCAACGAGGCAGUUGAUGGUUCGUGGUCCCUCCUUUAAAUGAUAGCAGGCUUAGUUACUAGUUUAGAUAUUGUUUAAUCUAUAUAUGUAUGUCUUGAUUGAUUGAUUAGAGCGCUUUACAAUUUAAUGUCGCAAAACUAAAACCAAAGUAACCAUAGCGCCCAAUCGGAAGAGAGAAAAAUAUCUUUAAGAGCCAAUGAGAACUCAAAGUGAAAAAGCAACCAAACAACUUAAAGUGCAGUAAAAAAGAAGUCGUGAUUUGUUUUAGUUUGGCACCUGAUUGUUUGAGAAAGUGGUGCCAGGUUUCUGGAACUAUCACAGGGCGAACAAAAAGGAAUGCACUCUCUCUCGGAUUACUUACGUUGAAUUGGAAAUUGAUUUAAUUGACUGAUUAAUUCAUUCAUUCCUUUAUUUGCGCAUUACUAGAUUUUUCUUUUACAUUUUACUCAAUUAUCUGAUUCAUUCAAAUCAGAAUUUGAGCCUUUUACGUCGUUUAUCAAGUCCCUCUGUUGAAAUAUUGCUCCUGUUAUUGCGAUUUAUGCCUUAAAUGAAAUGCUGCAGCCGUUGUAAAGCAUUGACGGUCACUAACUUCAUGUAUUGAAAAAGUACAAAAAAAUUAGGGAGCCAACUUAGAUUAAGCUCGUCCGUUAAUGUUAGCUUUGGUCGAAAUUUGAACUUUGGUGGGAAACCGAUUCUGCCCUAACAAGAUGCCGCCUGACUUCUUCAAAUUAAAUAUGGCUUAUUCUCUUUUUUAACAGAAAUGGACAAAUUGCCUUGAAAUGAAGUGAAUUUGAUGAAUGUUUGAUAUUAAUUGCGAAUGCUUAUUUAUUUCUGAUUGGACUGAUGAUGUAUUUUCAUAGUCGUUCGCUUCCAAUCUUCAAAUUGAAAUGUGAAAAAAUCUCAGUAUUUAUGAAAUAAUUACAUUAUACCAUUGAAAUUGCUUGAACGAUUUUCAUUCUCUCGUUGCAAUAUUGCGAUGCAUCAAAAUGCGUUUGAUGCGUAAAGAAAAAACCUCACUCGUUCACUGCGCUCAUUCGUUCAUUUUUUUGAUGCAUCGCAACUCAUGAAUGAAAAUCGUAAGUGCACAAUUUCCAUGGAAUAAUCUCUAUUUCUAUUAGGGAGUUUCCAAGGAGGCUGGAUUUCCCAAUACAAAGAUGAUAAACAGUUCCUACAGAUUGACUUACAGAAUGUUACCAAGGUGACCAGGAUUGCAACUCAAGGGCGCUAUAACGCCGGCUGGUGGACAAAGGCCUAUACCCUGGAAUACAGUGUACACGGAGGAGAAUUUUUAUCGUAUAAUGAUGGCCAGGUAAUUUAUAUCUCCAUCACAUCAAUUAAACCAUACCAACUUUUACAAUCGUGGCGGGGGUAACAACAUCACGAUUUAAGCGCUAGUUCCUCAGUUACUGGACAACUGAAUUGGAGAGUUAAUUCGUCACGUGAUUAAACAAUGCGCUCUAUUUGCUCGCGCUGUUAUAAAGACUUGUGGAAAAUAGUCCACUGUUGUGGUUUUUUCUCUUUAUGUAUACGUUUAACUGGUUCAUAUUUUGUUUGUCAAUUACUGUCACAGUCAUUUUGAUUUACGGGCAACAGGAAUUUGCGUUGUCUAAUUCUAUCUGUUAUCAGAAUCCUAAUAAAAAAGUCGGACUUCUGCCUCACCGUCGAGCUGUUUUUUUCAAGGGCGAAUUGGAUUUCAUUCGGUCCUAUUACCAUGAUGAAUUCAAACAAGGUUUAAACAAAAGUAGGUUUUUAAUUGUUUGAAUAAAUACUUUGAUCUUUCAAAGGUUCUACAAGGAAAUAUUGACUAUACUUCUGCUGUUGGCCAUAACCUCAACCCACCCAUUGUAGCUCGUUUCAUCAAAAUCAACGUCAAAGAAUUCGUUGGAUAUCCAUCAUUGAGAGUGGAAUUAUUUGGAUGCACCAAAGGUAUGUGUAGUAUCAUAAAUGAAUUUCCAUGGAAGUACAGGGGAAAGGUGACGAGGUAGCAUGCUUCCGAACGCACCAGAGACAAAUUCUCAAUAUUUUUUUAUCUUUUACAAGCCGUUUUGUGAUCCACCCUUCCAACGUGCUCAUAAAUCAUGGUUUAAGUGUCAGACGAGUUUUCAGUUUUCAAAAAUGUUCGUUGGUUGAAACAUGCCUUCUUUUGCUAAUCAGCUUUCGAAUUUACAUUUUGGUUUUUGGCUGUUUAACAGCUUUAUUGGCUUUCUCAUACACAAAAGUGUAGGGCACUUAUUGUUUGAAAUUUCUUAAGAGAAUUUUAGCUUGACAGACACACUCGCAAUCUGUUUUAACAGUUCUCGAUGGCCCAAUAUUUUAAGACCAGGCCCGGUUCGCAGACGGUUUCUCUCCUACUCAGUUGCUUGAACACCUGGCUAUGUUUUUAGGCCUAAUCGAGGACGUACGUUGAUGACAUAUCUUACCUAACAUUUUUCUUAGUUUGGCGUAGCUGUGCCAUUUUUUUUCUCGUCACACCAACUAACCAAAGUGACCAAAGUUUUGCACAUAAAAAACACACCUAUUUUCUCACAUGUGUUUUUACAUACUGGUAUUUAGGUUUCUCCGUCCCAAAACCGCCACAGUGCAUGAAUGCCUUGGGCAUGGAAAACGGUAACAUACCUGACUCCGCUAUCUCUGCAUUUAGCUCAUAUAACGCUAACAGCUAUGGCCCUUCCCUUGGCCGACUUCAUUUUCUUAUGUCUGGCAGUGGAAAAUAUGGCAGCUGGGCUGCCGGAGCAAACAAUUUAAUGCAAUGGUUCCGGGUUGAUUUUGGCCGUUGGACAAAGUUACAGCUGUCGCCACACAAGGGAGACAGGACUACAAUCAAUGGGUUAAAAAGUACAGCCUUUCGUACAGCUAGCUAUAAUGAAGUGUUUUGGGCAACGGUUAAAAACGAACAAGGCUCAAAACAGGUAUUAAAAUGGUUAGUUAAUCUUAGAUGAAGAACUAGGCGACUACACUUUGGUUGAUUUGUUCUGUUCCGUUCGAAAUGUUAAAAUCAGUGACAUAAAAUGAAUGCGGUAGAAUUAAACUUACGUAGAACGAUUUUUGGAUGAUACGAUGUUAGCCCCUGUCGAGCCCGAAUUUAAGGCUUUACUUUCUGCAGUUCCUUUCAUGGAAUUUUUCAUUUGUGGUUCAGAUUUUCUCACUUAUUAUCCAUCGGUCAUUUAUCACAACACUUACAUGUAAUUUGAAAUUGAAGCAAGUUUCUGAUGUAAGCCAUCAUACUUCCCUUAAAAACAUUUAGGAUAAAUGUCCAUAUCUUAGCAUUUGCGUACCUACACCUCUCAUAACCCAAUAUUAACUCUAAGUUGUAAUCAGUUGACUGUUGUCGGGUUGAGGGUGGGGGGGAUAAGGGGUACGUGCACAGUUCUCAGAUACUGACGUUGAUCUAAAAGUACGUAGCUCAGACCUCAGUAAUCUCCAUAGACGAACUUGAAUCAGAGCUUACAGCUAUUGACUGCUUGACAUGUGCAUCCAUGAUGUAUAUGUAAAAUUCCUGCUGUGAAACGCUCGAAAAGCUUGUUGUUAUUUCCACAGGUCUUCAAUGGCAACUCCGACCGAUACACGGUUGUGAGGAACUUGCUGGACCGACCAGUUGUAACCCGGUACAUCCAGAUUCAUCCUGAAGAGUGGUAUGGACAUGUGUCCAUGAGAACGGAAUUUUACGGUUGCAUUGAAGGUAGCAGGUUGUUCUUCUUAUCUAAAUUGAGAGGGUAUAGAAAAUAAACGCGAUUUAAUCCAACUAGGGUCAGAAAGAUGAAAAAUGCAAUUUAAAUGAACGUUUGAGAAGACAAUAUCGUCAGCGUUCCAGAAUCUACUUUUUUAUCUACUUAUGGAAAAGCAAAUUGGAUUAGAUCACUGAUGCUAGGGUUCUUCCAGUCACGGAAAAUAUAUAUCCAGCUUGUAUAAAUUGCAUUUCGCAUGAAAUUCAGAGCUUAUCUCCUUCCUUUACAACUAACGAGUAAUGCAUUCUCUGAUAACGAAGCUGAUUCUUAACUCUAACUUUGGAUUAGGAGUGCAAUAUCUAGUUUCUGUAUUUCUGCCGCUUUAAAAUAAUUUUAGACUGCUUCAUAAUUGCUGAAAAGUACGUAAUGAGGUUGAAAACUAAUCACUGACUGCAUGAUGAACUCAAUCAGUGGAAAAACCUUACAAUAGCAAUAUUAUGUCAUGUAAUGCAGAUGGAUGUAACGCACUUACAUAAUGGAUGUUUGUAGCUAUCAAUUAUCAUCAAAAACGACCUACCGUCAUCAUCUCUGAAUUUCUGAAAAGCUGAAGAUAACAUGGCUUCAUGAGGUGUCUAAGGGUAUCUAAGGUGUCUGAGGAACAUUCUAACAUCUACUAAUCAGUUUAAAGAUUUCACACAGCAUAUAGAAGAAUGACUACCUUUUCCCUUUAAAUUCAAAACAGGCGUCGAAGCUCCUAAGAUAGAAUGUUUUUCGGCUCUGGGAAUGGAAAACGGCGCGAUUCCAGAUUCGGCCAUCGUAGCAUCAUCGCGUUACAACCAAUGGUGGGGACCUGAACGCGGAAGACUGAACGAGAAGAAAGAAGGUAAGAAAUUUUUUGUAGACCUAUAGUUUCCUUUCCUAGUAGCCUUUAAAAACUAAAAUAACAUAGACCGAAAACCCACUCAAAAGAGAAAAAAAAACACACACACAGAAAGUACAGUGUAGAGGAAAAAAGAUAGCUGGCUUCUCAGCAAAUGAAUUUUUGUGGCAACCUGGCUGCAUGAUGACAACGGAGGAACAUGAACACUUAUAACGUAGACGAGUAUAAGGCAGCUGUACCGAUUAACACAAGUCAUUGAUAUCGCUAAUUAGGUAGCUUUAAUGGAGGCUGGAUUUCCCAAUACCAGGACGAUAAGCAGUUCCUGCAGAUUGACCUGCAAAAAGUGACCAACGUGACCGGGAUCGCUACACAAGGGCGCUAUGACGCAGGCUGGUGGUCAAAGACCUAUACCUUGGAAUACAGUGUUCAUGGGGAAGCUUUUGUACCAUACAUUAGUGGGAGUGAGGUGCGUUAUUAUUCUUUGCUGCCGCUCAUGUUGAUGCAAACUGUAAUUUAAAAGCUAGUAGCUUAGCAUCACAGCAACUUCCUGAUUGGCUAUUUAUCUAUCAUGUGGUUUUUUCGCCAUGCUAACUGGAUUUCGUACGACAACAGCUCACUGCUGGAUUACUGUCUUGCCAUUUUAUCCUGCCAUUUAUCCACCGUUUAAAUAAACUUCUUUCGUCCUCGUUACGAUCGGAGCCACGUUUAUAAAAGAUGCCGUCUUCAUCUCCACGUACUUAUUCCUCGCAAAUGAUAUAAUUUUAUUACCUCUGAUUAAAUAAUCAGAAGGUCAUAGAAUAGUCUAUUUAACAAGCACUUGAGAUUUUUUAGCACAACCGUAUACUUAAAUGUGUAAAUGCUUUCAUUUCGGACGAGCGUUUAAAAAACAGAAAGAUAUUCAGUAAAAAAAAACCCUCUGGGGGGCUGGUAGUAGGCUAAUAAUGUUCACGGCUUCGAGAUUUUCCGAAAAAUUAAUAUUUGGCCAAGAAGCAAACUCUUCACUGUUGAUCUAGUGGCGGAUGCAUAUUUUAAUAUCACUAUCACUAGACUCUACAAAACGAGUUUUUGUAGUUUCCAUGUAAAAUAAUAGAGUAAAAAAGAUGAAACUUUUGGGCUGCUUUCCUUCUACCGUUUUUUUUUUCUUUUGGACGCAAGCAUUUGCAGGAUAAAUAUCGACGCCGACAGGGAUUAUUGCUGUAAAUUGUCCGGUGAUUUUGCACCACGUGACGUAAAGUAGCCAAUAAAAUCGAGCUGUAAUUAAUGGGUGGGUUAUGAUAGCAAUUAUUUGACGUAAGGUUUUAUUACUUCGGUAUACAUGAUAUAACUUCAAAUUUCACGUAUCAUUGUUUUUAAGGUUUUCCACGGCAAUUACGACUACAAAACUGCCGUUGGCCGGAUUAUUGACCCACCCAUCAUGGCUCGCUACAUCAAAAUCAACGUUAAAACAUAUCAAGGAUAUCCCUCGCUGAGGGUGGAGUUAUAUGGGUGCUCUGUCGAUGGUAAUAUGAUGGCUUCCGUUCUACUUACCAUUGUCUUAAUUUCUGUCACCAACGCACCAUUAAGUUCAUCUAGAUUCAUACAAUAUGGAGCGUAAAUGUUCUUUCGUGUUUAAAAUAUUAGAAAAAAAUGCCUUUUCGGAGGAACUUCAAAUUAUAGAAAAGUAAGGUACGCCAACGCCACACAAGGCCAAAUGAACCUUGCUACGAAAAAUAUGAGAGAAUUAUGCGAAGGCUCUCCUGUUAGACCGAAAAAGAUGGCAUUUGUGGGCGAGGGGAGGUGGGAUUGAGGGGCUGAGACCUGACUGAGCUGACACACUUUUCAAGCUAUUGUUGAGGAAAUAUAAGGUUGCCUAUUCAGGCACUUUUCGAGUGUGUUUUUUAGUGAGAGAGGAAGCUAGGAAAACGUCACUUUGGGCAUGGAUAACACAGGGAAAAAUGAUUAUAAUUAUCCCCCUUUAACUCCCAUGAAUGACCAAGACAGAAUUUCUCCUUACAAUAUCAAUACAAUAUCAAGCAGACAAGUGAUGAGAGUAAAGAAAAAUCUUAAUUAGGGGAUUAUUAGUUGAUACAAUACCAAAUUCUCCAAACAAAAAUCACAAGAACUAUAUGGCAGACAUUAAGGAGAAUUACUAAUGAGAUCUUGGGAGUUAAAGGGUAAAAAAAUCACCAAAUACGCUUUUCACCGAUAAGGUGAUUUCUUACUUGACUUUUAACAACUAAUACUUUUAGUUCAAACACUCAAAAUUUCCAAAGACACUGUAAAACAGACUUCUGUUACAUUAGUUCUUACUGCAUUUUUUAAGGCGGUUACUAGAUGAAUAACCACUGAUAGGUAUUAACUUAACUUGUUCCCCUCUCAAUUGAAAUAUCAAACACGCACAGUCCUUUAAACCAACUUACGUUUGGCUCGUGCAGGUGAUUCAGUCCCAAAAGCGCCACAAUGCAUGGAGGCCUUGGGUAUGGAAAGCGGUGAGAUACCCGACUCUGCUAUCUCUGCAUCCAGCUCAUAUAACGCUAACAGCUAUCCCCCUUCCGUUGGCCGCCUUCAUUUUCUUAUGUCUGGCAGUGGAAAAUAUGGCAGCUGGGCGGCCGGAACCAACAAUCUGUUGCAAUGGUUACAGGUUGAUUUUGGAGACUGGAGAAAAAUUACGGCUGUUGCUACACAGGGAAGACAGGACUAUAAUCAGUGGGUUAAACUGUACAGCCUUUCUUUCAGCUACGAUUCUGUGUUUUGGGAAGUUGUAAACAACGAGCAUGCUUCAAAACAGGUAUGUUGUUAGUAGAGCCAUGCGCACGUCCUCGUAAGGGAAACAUAGCAUGACCUCUCCGGUAUCUGGUGAAGCUUCUUUCCAGUUCUUUUUUGCAUAGAGAAACUGCAUAGUACUGUUACAUUGUUGAUAUAUCCGUGGAGCUGCACCGAACUAUAUUUAUAUCUAUCGAGUAAUCGAACCAGGGCAUAGCUUUGCGAGUUUGAGGGGCACCUAAUCUUUUAGUCAAAUGGAAGCAAACCAGCUUAUAUGUCCGAUAAGGUGCUAAUGCAAAAAGAAGUACUUACUCUUUUGUCUAGUCAGUAUCACGGGCAUUUUAUUACACACUGUAAUCUAUUGACGUGGAGGUGUUCAUUGAAAAGGUGUAUGAACGUUUGUUUUCUUUCGUUCGUUAAAAAGGUUAGCAACACUUUGAAAUUCGUCAUAAAAAUUUUUCUUGCACAGAUUUUUAAAGGGAACUUUGAUCGAUACACAGUGGUAAGAAACACCUUGAACAAACCAGUUAUAACUCGAUACAUUCGAAUUCAUCCUGAAGAAUGGAAUGGACACAUCUCAAUGAGAACAGAGUUUUAUGGCUGCAGUAAAGGUAAAUGAUCCAACGGGAUCCUAUAAGGAUUGGUGUGAUUGUCUGUCUUUCUUUUGUCCUAUUGUCAGUGUGCUUUAUUGACACUUACCCGCUACAUAGCAAUUUAUCCGUUGCAUCACGUUAUACGUCAAUCAAAGCCGCAACAUCCCCCCCCCCCCCGGCAACCCACAGGCAUUUGACCGUCUUUCGUGCCCGGGAGGUGGAGCAUUUAAACCUUGUCCGGCUGGGAUUGGGAAAUUGAAUCGGAAGUUUCGAGUCUUUCCGGUGUUAUAUCUUUAAAUAUCUCUCAACAUAUGAGAUCCUUUUAUUCAAUGUCGAAUCAUUUUCUUUAAAAAGGGUACCUGAAAUUCACGAAGGGGAUUGCGCCAUAAAAGAAAUUUCGCUUAUCGUGCCAUACUACCGAUGAGUACCUGGUUAAUCAAGCAAUCAUAUCGUUACGGCGAAGAAAUAGGAAAAUGUUUUUAAUUUUUUGGUAGCAAUUCAAAAUAAUUCCAGAUAGUAAAGAUGAUGGUGUUUUUAAAAUAAUAUAAUUUUCCUGUCCUUUUUUUUUUUUUUUUCGCAACCAGGAUUUGAUAUCCCCAAAAUAGAGUGCGCAUCGCCUCUAGGGAUGGAAAGCGGUGACAUAGAAGAUUCAGCCAUUGUAGCGUCGUCGCGCUAUAACCAGUGGUGGGGGCCUGAGCGUGGAAGAUUCAACGAGGCAGUUGAUGGUUCGUGGUCCCUCCUUUAAAUGAUAGCAGGCUUAGUUACUAGUUUAGAUAUUGUUUAAUCUAUAUAUGUAUGUCUUGAUUGAUUGAUUAGAGCGCUUUACAAUUUAAUGUCGCAAAACUAAAACCAAAGUAACCAUAGCGCCCAAUCGGAAGAGAGAAAAUAUCUUUAAGAGCCAAUGAGAACUCAAAGUGAAAAAGCAACCAAACAACUUAAAGUGCAGUAAAAAAGAAGUCGUGAUUUGUUUUAGUUUGGCACCUGAUUGUUUGAGAAAGUGGUGCCAGGUUUCUGGAACUAUCACAGGGCGAACAAAAAGGAAUGCACUCUCUCUCGGAUUACUUACGUUGAAUUGGAAAUUGAUUUAAUUGACUGAUUAAUUCAUUCAUUCCUUUAUUUGCGCAUUACUAGAUUUUUCUUUUACAUUUUACUCAAUUAUCUGAUUCAUUCAAAUCAGAAUUUGAGCCUUUUACGUCGUUAAUCAAGUCCCUCUGUUGAAAUAUUGCUCCUGUUAUUGCGAUUUAUGCCUUAAAUGAAAUGCUGCAGCCGUUGUAAAGCAUUGACGGUCACUAACUUCAUGUAUUGAAAAAGUACAAAAUAAUUAGGGAGCCAACUUAGAUUAAGCUCGUCCGUUAAUGUUAGCUUUGGUCGAAAUUUGAACUUUGGUGGGAAACCGAUUCUGCCCUAACAAGAUGCCGCCUGACUUCUUCAAAUUAAAUAUGGCUUAUUCUCUUUUUUAACAGAAAUGGACAAAUUGCCUUGAAAUGAAGUGAAUUUGAUGAAUGUUUGAUAUUAAUUGCGAAUGCUUAUUUAUUUCUGAUUGGACUGAUGAUGUAUUUUCAUAGUCGUUCGCUUCCAAUCUUCAAAUUGAAAUGUGAAAAAAUCUCAGUAUUUAUGAAAUAAUUACAUUAUACCAUUGAAAUUGCUUGAACGAUUUUCAUUCUCUCGUUGCAAUAUUGCGAUGCAUCAAAAUGCGUUUGGAUGCGUAAAGAAAAAACCUCACUCGUUCACUGCGCUCAUUCGUUCAUUUUUUUGAUGCAUCGCAACUCAUGAAUGAAAAUCGUAAGUGCACAAUUUCCAUGGAAUAAUCUCUAUUUCUAUUAGGGAAUUUCCAAGGAGGCUGGAUUUCCCAAUACAAAGAUGAUAAACAGUUCCUACAGAUUGACUUACAGAAUGUUACCAAGGUGACCAGGAUUGCAACUCAAGGGCGCUAUAACGCCGGCUGGUGGACAAAGGCCUAUACCCUGGAAUACAGUGUACACGGAGGAGAAUUUUUAUCGUAUAAUGAUGGCCAGGUAAUUUAUAUCUCCAUCACAUCAAUUAAACCAUACCAACUUUUACAAUCGUGGCGGGGGUAACAACAUCACGAUUUAAGCGCUAGUUCCUCAGUUACUGGACAACUGAAUUGGAGAGUUAAUUCGUCACAUGAUUAAACAAUGCGCUCUAUUUGCUCGCGCUGUUAUAAAGACUUGUGGAAAAUAGUCCACUGUUGUGGUUUUUUCUCUUUAUGUAUACGUUUAACUGGUUCAUAUUUUGUUUGUCAAUUACUGUCACAGUCAUUUUGAUUUACGGGCAACAGGAAUUUGCGUUGUCUAAUUCUAUCUGUUAUCAGAAUCCUAAUAAAAAAGUCGGACUUCUGCCUCACCGUCGAGCUGUUUUUUCAAGGGCGAAUUGGAUUUCAUUCGGUCCUAUUACCAUGAUGAAUUCAAACAAGGUUUAAACAAAAGUAGGUUUUUAAUUGUUUGAAUAAAUACUUUGAUCUUUCAAAGGUUCUACAAGGAAAUAUUGACUAUACUUCUGCUGUUGGCCAUAACCUCAACCCACCCAUUGUAGCUCGUUUCAUCAAAAUCAACGUCAAAGAAUUCGUUGGAUAUCCAUCAUUGAGAGUGGAGUUAUUUGGAUGCACCAAAGGUAUGUGUAGUAUCAUAAAUGAAUUUCCAUGGAAGUACAGGGGAAAGGUGACGAGGUAGCAUGCUUCCGAACGCACCAGAGACAAAUUCUCAAUAUUUUUUUAUCUUUUACAAGCCGUUUUGUGAUCCACCCUUCCAACGUGCUCAUAAAUCAUGGUUUAAGUGUCAGACGAGUUUUCAGUUUUCAAAAAUGUUCGUUGGUUGAAACAUGCCUUUUUGCUAAUCAGCUUUCGAAUUUACAUUUUGGUUUUGGCUGUUUAACAGCUUUAUUGGCUUUCUCAUACACAAAAGUGUAGGGCACUUAUUGUUUGAAAUUUCUUAAGAGAAUUUUAGCUUGACAGACACACUCGCAAUCUGUUUUAACAGUUCUCGAUGGCCCAAUAUUUUAAGACCAGGCCCGGUUCGCAGACGGUUUCUCUCCUACUCAGUUGCUUGAACACCUGGCUAUGUUUUUAGGCCUAAUCGAGGACGUACGUUGAUGACAUAUCUUACCUAACAUUUUUCUUAGUUUGGCGUAGCUGUGCCAUUUUUUUUCUCGUCACACCAACUAACCAAAGUGACCAAAGUUUUGCACAUAAAAAACACACCUAUUUUCUCACAUGUGUUUUUACAUACUGGUAUUUAGGUUUCUCCGUCCCAAAACCGCCACAGUGCAUGAAUGCCUUGGGCAUGGAAAACGGUAAUAUACCUGACUCCGCUAUCUCUGCAUUUAGCUCAUAUAACGCUAACAGCUAUGGCCCUUCCCUUGGCCGACUUCAUUUUCUUAUGUCUGGCAGUGGAAAAUAUGGCAGCUGGGCUGCCGGAGCAAACAAUUUAAUGCAAUGGUUCCGGGUUGAUUUUGGCCGUUGGACAAAAGUUACAGCUGUCGCCACACAAGGGAGACAGGACUACAAUCAAUGGGUUAAAAAGUACAGCCUUUCGUACAGCUAUAAUGAAGUGUUUUGGGCAACGGUUAAAAACGAACAAGGCUCAAAACAGGUAUUAAAAUGGUUAGUUAAUCUUAGAUGAAGAACUAGGCGACUACACUUUGGUUGAUUUGUUCUGUUCCGUUCGAAAUGUUAAAAUCAGUGACAUAAAAUGAAUGCGGUAGAAUUAAACUUACGUAGAACGAUUUUUGGAUGAUACGAUGUUAGCCCCUGUCGAGCCCGAAUUUAAGGCUUUACUUUCUGCAGUUCCUUUCAUGGAAUUUUUCAUUUGUGGUUCAGAUUUUCUCACUUAUUAUCCAUCGGUCAUUUAUCACAACACUUACAUGUAAUUUGAAAUUGAAGCAAGUUUCUGAUGUAAGCCAUCAUACUUCCCUUAAAAACAUUUAGGAUAAAUGUCCAUAUCUUAGCAUUUGCGUACCUACACCUCUCAUAACCCAAUAUUAACUCUAAGUUGUAAUCAGUUGACUGUUGUCGGGUUGAGGGUGGGGGGGAUAAGGGGUACGUGCACAGUUCUCAGAUACUGACGUUGAUCUAAAAGUACGUAGCUUAGACCUCAGUAAUCUCCAUAGACGAACUUGAAUCAGAGCUUACAGCUAUUGACUGCUUGACAUGUGCAUCCAUGAUGUAUAUGUAAAAUCCCUGCUGUGAAACGCUCGAAAAGCUUGUUGUUAUUUCCACAGGUCUUCAAUGGCAACUCCGACCGAUACACGGUUGUGAGGAACUUGCUGGACCGACCAGUUGUAACCCGGUACAUCCAGAUUCAUCCUGAAGAGUGGUAUGGACAUGUGUCCAUGAGAACGGAAUUUUACGGUUGCAUUGAAGGUAGCAGGUUGUUCUUCUUAUCUAAAUUGAGAGGGUAUAGAAAAAUAAACGCGAUUUAAUCCAACUAGGGUCAGAAAGAUGAAAAAUGCAAUUUAAAUGAACGUUUGAGAAGACAAUAUCGUCAGCGUUCCAGAAUCUACUUUUUUAUCUACUUAUGGAAAAGCAAAUUGGAUUAGAUCACUGAUGCUAGGGUUCUUCCAGUCACGGAAAAUAUAUAUCCAGCUUGUAUAAAUUGCAUUUCGCAUGAAAUUCAGAGCUUAUCUCCUUCCUUUACAACUAACGAGUAAUGCAUUCUCUGAUAAAGAAGUUGAUUCUUAACUCUAACUUUGGAUUAGGAGUGCAGUAUCUCCUUUCUGUAUUUCUGCUGCUUUAAAAUAAUUUUAGACUGCUUCAUAAUUGCUGAAAAGUACGUAAUGAGGUUGGAAACUAAUCACUGGCUGCAUGAUGAACUCAAUCAGUGGAAAAACCUUACAAUAGCAAUAUUAUGUCAUGUAAUGCAGAUGGAUGUAACGCACUUACAUAAUGGAUGUUUGUAGCUAUCAAUUAUCAUCAAAAACGACCUACCGUCAUCAUCUCUGAAUUUCUGAAAAGCUGAAGAUAACAUGGCUUCAUGAGGUGUCUAAGGGUAUCUAAGGUGUCUGAGGAACAUUCUAACAUCUACUAAUCACUUUAAAGAUUUCCCACAGCAUAUAGAAGAAUGACUACCUUUUCCCUUUAAAUUCAAAACAGGCGUCGAAGCUCCUAAGAUAGAAUGUUUUUCGGCUCUGGGAAUGGAAAACGGCGCGAUUCCAGAUUCGGCCAUCGUAGCAUCAUCGCGUUACAACCAAUGGUGGGGACCUGAACGCGGAAGACUGAACGAGAAAAAAGAAGGUAAGAAAUUUUUGUAGACCUAUAGUUUCCUUUCCUAGUAGCCUUUAAAAACUAAAAUAACAUAGACCGAAAAACCCACUCAAAAGAGAAAAAAAACACACACACAGAAAGUACAGUGUAGAGGAAAAAAGAUAGCUGGCUUCCCAGCAAAUGAAUUUUUGUGGCAACCUGGCUGCAUGAUGACAACGGAGGAACAUGAACACUUAUAACGUAGACGAGUAUAAGGCAGCUGUACCGAUUAACAUAAGUCAUUGAUAUCGCUAAUUAGGUAGCUUUAAUGGAGGCUGGAUUUCCCAAUACCAGGACGAUAAGCAGUUCCUGCAGAUUGACCUGCAAAAAGUGACCACCGUGACCGGGAUCGCUACACAAGGGCGCUAUGACGCAGGCUGGUGGUCAAAGACCUAUACCUUGGAAUACAGUGUUCAUGGGGAAGCUUUUGUACCAUACAUUAGUGGGAAUGAGGUGCGUUAUUAUUCUUUGCUGCCGCUCACGUUGAUGCAAACUGUAAUUGAAAAGCUAGUAGCUUAGCAUCACAGCAACUUCCUGAUUGGCUAUUUAUCUAUAAUGUGGUUUUUUUGCCAUGCUAACUGGAUUUCGUACGACAACAGCUCAGUUUACUGUCCGGCCAUUUUAUCCUGCCAUUUAUCCACCGUUUGAAUAAACUUCUUUCGUCCUUGUUACGAUCGGAGCCACGUUUAUAAAAUAUGCCGUCUUCAUCUCCACGUACUUACGUACGGCUGGUAGUCGGCUAAUAAUGUUCACGGCUACGAGAUUUUGGCCGAGAAGCAAACUCUUCACUGUUGAUCUGGUGGCGGAUGCAUAUUUUAAUAUCACUAUCACUAGACUCUACAAAACGAGUUUUUGUAGUUUCCAUGUAAAAUGAUAGAGUAAAAAAGAUGAAACUUUUGGGCUGCUUUCCUUCUGCCGUUUUUUUUUUCUUUUGGACGCAAGCAUUUGCAGGAUAAAUAUCGACGCAGACAGGGAUUAUUGCUGUAAACUGUCCGGUGAUUUUGCACCACGUCACAUAAAGUAGCCAAUAAAAUCGAGCUGUAAUUAAUGGGUGGGUUAUGAUAGCAAUUAUUUGACGUAAGGUUUCAUUACUUCGAUAUACAUGAUAUAACUUCAAAUUUCAUUUGUCAUUGUUUUUAAGGUUUUCCACGGCAAUUACGACUACAAAACUGCCGUUGGCCGGAUUAUUGACCCACCCAUCAUGGCUCGCUACAUCAAAAUCAACGUCAAAACAUAUCAAGGAUAUCCCUCGCUGAGGGUGGAGUUAUAUGGGUGCUCUGUCGAUGGUACUAUUAUGGCUUCCGUUCUACUUACCAUUGUCUUAAUUUCUGUCACCAACGCACCAUUAAGUUCAUCUAGAUUCAUACAAUAUGGAGCGUAAAUGUUCUUUCGUGUUUAAAAUAUUAGAAAAAAAUGCCUUUUCGGAGGAACUUCAAAUUAUAGAAAAGUAAGGUACGCCAACGCCACACAAGGCCAAAUGAACCUUGCUACGAAAAAUAUGAGAGAAUUAUGCGAAGGCUCUCCUGUUAGACCGAAAAAGAUGGCAUUUGUGGGCGAGGGGAGGUGGGAUUGAGGGGCUGAGACCUGACUGAGCUGACACACUUUUCAAGCUACUGUUGAGGAAAUAUAAGGUUGCCUAUUCAGGCACUUUUCGAGUGUGUUUUUUAGUGAGAGAGGAAGCUAGGAAAACGUCACUUUGAGCAUGGAUAACACAGGGAAAAAUGAUUAUAAUUAUCCCCCUUUAACUCCCAUGAAUGACCAAGACAGAAUUUCUCCUUACAAUAUCAAUACAAUAUCAAGCAGACAAGUGAUGAGAGUAAAGAAAAAUCUUAAUUAGGGGAUUAUUAGUUGAUACAAUACCAAAUUCUCCAAACAAAAAUCACAAGAACUAUAUGGCAGACAGUAAGGAGAAUUACUAAUGAGAUCUUGGGAGUUAAAGGGUAAAAAAAUCACCAAAUACGCUUUUCACCGAUAAGGUGAUUUCUUACUUGACUUUUAACAACUAAUACUUUUAGUUCAAACACUCAAAAUUUCCAAAGACACUGUAAAACAGACUUCUGUUACAUUAGUUCUUACUGCAUUUUUUAAGGCGGUUACUAGAUGAAUAACCACUGAUAGGUAUUAACUUAAUUUGUUCCCCUCUCAAUUGAAAUAUCAAACACGCACAGUCCUUUAAACCAACUUACGUUUGCCUCGUGCAGGUGAUUCAGUCCCAAAAGCGCCACAAUGCAUGGAGGCCUUGGGUAUGGAAAGCGGUGAGAUACCCGACUCUGCUAUCUCUGCAUCCAGCUCAUAUAACGCUAACAGCUAUCCCCCUUCCGUUGGCCGCCUUCAUUUUCUUAUGUCUGGCAGUGGAAAAUAUGGCAGCUGGGCGACCAAAACCAACAAUCUGUUGCAAUGGUUACAGGUUGAUUUUGGAGACUGGAGAAAAAUUACGGCUGUUGCUACACAGGGAAGACAGGACUAUAAUCAGUGGGUUAAACUGUACAGCCUUUCUUUCAGCUACGAUUCUGUGUUUUGGGAAGUUGUAAACAACGAGCAUGCUUCAAAACAGGUAUAUUGUUAGUAGAGCCAUGUGCACGUCCUCGUAAGGGCAACAUAGCAUGCCCUCUCCGGCAUCUGGUGAAGCUUCUUUCCAGUUCUUUUUUGCAUAGAGAAACUGGAUAGUACUGUUACAUUGUUGAUAUAUCCGUGGAGCUGCACCGAACUAUAUUUAUAUCUAUCGAGUAAUCGAACCAGGGCAUAGCUUUGCGAGUUUGAGGGGCACCUAAUCUUUUAGUCAAAUGGAAGCAAACCAGCUUAUAUGUCCGAUAAGGUGCUUAUGCAAAAGGAAGUAAUUACUCUUUUGUCUAGUCAGUAUCACGGGCAUUUUAUUACACACUGUAAUCUAUUGACGUGGAGGUGUUCAUUGAAAAGAUGUAUGAACGUUUGUUUUCGUUCGUUCGUUAAAAAGGUUAGCAACACUUUGAAAUUCGUCAUAAAAAUUUUUCUUGCACAGAUUUUUAAAGGGAACUUUGAUCGAUACACAGUGGUAAGAAACACCUUGUACAAACCAGUUAUAACUCGAUACAUUCGAAUUCAUCCUGAAGAAUGGAAUGGACACAUCUCAAUGAGAACAGAGUUUUAUGGCUGCAGUAAAGGUAAAUGAUCCAAUGGGAUCCUAUAAGGAUUGGUGUGAUUGUCUGUCUUUCUUUUGUCCUACUGUCAGUGUGCUUUAUUGACACUUACCCGCUACAUAGCAAUUUAUCCGUUGCAUCACGUUAUACGUCAAUCAAAGCCGCAACAUCCCCCCCCCCCGGCAACCCACAGGCAUUUGACCGUCUUUCGUGCCCGGGAGGUGGAGCAUUUAAACCUUGUCCGGCUGGGAUUGGGAAAUUGAAUCGGAAGUUUCGAGUCUUUCCUGUGUUAUAUCUUUAAACAUGGAGGUGGUUAAGGUAAAAAGUUUACCUUCGCAAGCGAAUGGCUUAGAAGAUAAGGUUUACAAGGUUUAGGCUUUACAGCUUGGUCAAUGAUGUGUAGAAGCCACGGUCGCUGAUUUUACAAUUAACAAAAAAAAUGGGCGGAAUAAAACAGUCUUCAAAAGUUCAAAUGCUCGGGGUUUUCCCGGGGGGAGAUGUUGAAGCUUUGAAUUGAUCGACCCUUUGAACAAUUGGGCCUUGAAGCUUACUUUCUUGGAAAAGAAAUGUUUGUUCCCUUACAUUUCUCCAACAGGAUUCGAUCCUCCAAAAAUAGCUUGUGCAAAACCUCUCGGAAUGGAAAGCAAAAUUAUUCCUAACUCUGCCUUGAAGUCUUCGUCCGACUACAACCAAUACUUUGGACCUGAAAGAAGCAGGUUACACAUGAAGCAAGAGGGAAGCUAUUACGGUGGUUGGGCCUCAAAGCACGUGGACGUUGGUCAAUGGCUUGAGAUAGACUUAGGAAAAAUCACAAAAGUCACCCGAAUCGCGACUCAGGGAAGAUAUGAUGCUAACUGGUGGGUUACGAAAUAUACACUGACCUACAGCGACGGAGGGAAAUAUAAGUCUUACAAAAAUGGCGAGGUAUGCUGAAUAUCCUUUCUGAGUGAUAAUUAGUUUGGCAUGAAGCGUUAUGUUUAUUUUUUGGUAACACCUAUUCCGAGAAGUGCAAAGGCAUUUGAUUUUAUUUCAACUCAUAUUCCUCUUGAAAAAUACGGUGGAGUCGCACCAAUCCUGACUUCCUUUGCUGCAACCCCCGGCUGCAUCUUCGACUUCACAAGUUCUCAUACUAAAACGUGUUCUGAUGCCUGCGAUAUAAACAACCAAACAAAACAAAACAAAAAAACAUGACAAACAGAAAAAAUAUUUACAAAUGAAUAGAAAAAAGACCAUGACAAAAAAAAAACUUUAAUAAUCUGCGCUGGUCAAAUUUAUGAUAGUUUUUCGUUUAAUCAAAAUGGAGGAAUCUUAUAUGAAGGUGUCGUAUUUAAAGGUGAUCAUUGGAAAUAGCGACAGGAAUACAGCGGAAGGUCGAAUUCUUGAUGAGCCGAUAAUAGCACGGUACGUGCGAAUCCAUCCUAUGACCUGGAAUGGACGCAUCUGUAUGAGAGUGGAAUUAUUUGGCUGCAGGGAAGGUAUGCUACUCAUCACGAUAUCAUUCACACUAGGCAUAUGGCAGAGUCAUCAAUUCGUAACGAAUUCGACAGAAGUACCAUUCUGUUUUCGAUGUGAUCCCUUUUGUUAUUCAGUGAUCUUGUGUACUUAGGAAAAAAAAUGAAUAUUUUAGCCUGAGGAAACUACAGAUUCAGGCCGGAUGCUAUGACAGCAGAGCAACUUAAAACUCAGUGGUAAGCCAACAGGACAUAUAGAUUAGGUGUCUUUCCGCGGAGAGCUUUUUAACCACGAUCAUGCCGGCUUGGUUAGUUCACGUUAUAAAGCGCCGGACUACCGUGCAAGAGGUCAAGGGCUUAAGUCUCUUUGCUAGGACAUCCGCAAUUGGUUAGACAUUCUCUGGUACCGUCUUCUGCACCCUCACUGUACUGGUUAGCAGGGGACGUUUACGAACCCAUGCACUUCUCGCACGUAGAGUAGGGAACUUGCCCACAUUUAAACCCUCUUUGAACUGAACUGGGCCAGCCUGUCCAAACAUCGUAAAUGCAAUACAUUUCAUUACUGAGAAGAGAAAUUGUCCCUCGAUUUGAAAACAAUCCCUUUUGCUGAGUAAAAGCAGGAACUAGAUUUACUUUACCGUGAAGCACAUAGCAGAGUAAAAUGCGAUUAAUAACUAAUUUCUCCUCCUGUUCACUAUAUUUUCUUCUCGCCUGACAGGUUUUGAACAAGGCCCUACUGAAGAGUGUAAGAAAAUUUUAGGAUUGCAGAACUACCAAAUUCCGGAUUCAGCUCUGCGUGCCUCCACAUCGUACAAUGUUAACUCCAUGGGUGCGAGAAACGGACGGUUGCAUUUCCAGGCAAAGAGUGGCCAGUAUGGUGCCUGGGCCGUGAAAAAGAAUGAUCCAUUUCAAUAUUUUCAAGUUGAUUUUGGUAACUACGUAAAGGUUACAGGUGUGGCAACUCAAGGGAGACAAGAUGGCUCCUGGUGGGUGAAGACGUACAGUUUAUCCUUCAGUAAUGAUUGUGUUUUCUUUGAAGACUACAAAGAGGCUGACGCCAAAAAGGUGAGACCUAGACAAAGUUAUAAAUAAGAAUCCCAUUUAAGUUUUUAGCAUCGAGGAUAUCAAGAAAUUUGCAGAGAAACACCUGUUAGAAGAAACUACUCUCAUUGAUCUUUGAGUGUUGUGACGGAAUUAUCACCUAUACUUGCAAAGCGUGAAAAAAAUUAUGGACGGUCCACAAGCCGUGAAAAUCGGUGAAAUGUAACACAUUAAAAAAUGAUGCCUGGUGUGAAGCUUACGGAAAAAAAAAACCUUAAAUGGUAGCCACCUGCAAAAGGAUACGCCCAUUAGAAGGGCCAGAAACGAUAUUAUAAGUAGAAAGCAGGGUUUUGACCUGAUCCCACAGAAAAACCCCACACCAAAUUUUUUGAAAGAUGAUUACACAGUGACUGAAAGUUUCCAAAGGAUAAAUCAAAGGAACGUUAACUUAGUGUGUAUCUGUUCCUGGGGACAAUGUCAACUGGUCAACUGUGAAACAAACUUGUAUAUACAGUCAAGGAACCGCGUAACUUAUCGGGUUCAGUGUGAAGUUACUUAUAUGUCAAAUGGAAAAAUGCGCUUCGUCAUGUUACGUUGUGCUUUCAAAAUUAAUCGAAUAGGUGAAUGAACUUCGACAUUUAUAUUCAAUUUCCAGGUUUUUGAUGGGAACACUGAUCGUUUCACGGUCGUUAGCCACGACCUUAAGAUCCCCCAAAUUUCAAAGUGCGUUCGCAUAAACCCAAUCACAUGGCAAGGGUACAUUUCCCUGCGAGCAGAAUUCUAUGGCUGUAGAGAAGGUAACGACUAAACAAACAACGUUUGUCAUACAAUUUGAUGAGUUAACAGAUGAAUUUUAACCAGUUAGGAACAAGACAUAACAGCUGACAUCGAGUAUAUCUUUAGCCAUUCUCAAGUCUAUUAAACAGUUACUAUACUUUGUUUGUUAAAACAAUCACGUCAAAUACAAUAGUUGGUGAUCUUAAUUUUAGUCUCCGGGCCCAUUAGUAAGGGCUGACUCUAGUUCCGGCAGCCUUUAAUUAUUCUUUUCCAUUUCCGUCUGUGUAUUCAAAUCCGUUUGUUUCCGUCACUCCCGUUAGCUGAUAUAGAGAUCGAUGAAUACACCACUGCGCAUCAUCUGCGUAUAAGUAUUAUCUAGCAGUUAAUUUAGUGUUAACAACUGAGUUGAAAACGUAAAUUAGCCACCGUAAAGGGUAAAAAAGCUAACGCUCGAAACGUCAGCUCUUUUUACCCUUUACGGUGGCCAAUUUACUUUUUCAACUUAGUUGUUAACACUAAAUUACCUGCUAUACUCUCCCACCGACGCAGCACCACAGUUUCUUUAGAAACUUACCCCUUUAUUCAAAUAUUAUGUAGUGUCUCAAAUACUGCAAUACGCCAUACAAUACCAAACCGUGCCCUACCUUAAGUUAGUAGUCAAUAGGGUUUUUUGAAAGUGAAAGUUUCAUUAUGAGAAAUACAAAGCAAAGCAGAAGUUUUUUCCGCUUCUUUUUUAUUCAUUUUAUUUACGUCACUUUGAAAUUAUGGUGUCAAGCUCUUUGGUACAAAGCAAAGGCUUUGACAAGGGUUUGAACACUACCUUACCCUCUUUGACAUAGUGCAAUCGCUGAUCAAUAAAGUCACUGUAUCCUGUAUACUUUUAUAAUGUUAGCCAAAUUUGCUUUUCUCGGUCAGGUUUUAAAGAUCCUGAGAUUGUCUGCGUGUCAGCGCUUGGAUUAGAAAACGGUCAGAUUCCAAACGCUGCUAUUGUGGCCUCCUCCCAAUACAAUGCAUACUAUGGACCGGAAAGAGCAAGGCUGCGUAAGGUUACAGCAGGAAGCUUUAUCGGGGGAUGGUCUCCAAAGGCAUCCAACACAGGGGAAUGGAUACAAUUUGACCUUGGUGAGAAUACAAAAGUGACCAGGAUUGCUAUCCAGGGUCGCGACAACGCGGAUUGGUGGACAACUAGUUUUACCAUGUCCUCUAAGCUUGAUGGAGGAAGCUUUGAGUCGUACAACAAUGGCCAGGUACUAUUAUAGUGAAUCCCAUCUUCCUAACUCUAUCCCCGCACGUAAAUUUUUCAACUUAGCAACUAUUAGAAGUAAAUAAGAAAUAUGACUUGUGGAAGAAGUUCUGAGCCACCUAAAUUCAUCAAAAAAAGUUAAGGGUAAUUUUUUUUUAAGUGGGCCUAUAGAUAUUUACGAGUCAAAUGCGAAACGGCAGCGAAACCGUGAAAAUAUUGCCAUACUGGGUGAAAAAAAAAUGGGUUACCCUUCAAAAAGUAUGUUACGUUGGCGAGGAACGAUUUUAAUCUUUAAAACACGUUUUGAAGCCGAUAUGCGAGCAUGCUCCUGUAUUUAGAGCCACCAUUGUUAGCCAUAUGAUUUGAUCUGGUCUCACUCAAUACGACUGAUUUAAUUCAAUACAUUCAAGGUAUUUCUUGGAAGUCGAGACAGAAAUACGCCAGCAGGCAGCAUGAUUAAUCCACCAAUAAUUGCACGCUUCAUCAAGAUUCACCCCAAAACUUGGCAGGGAUUCAUUUCUUUACGAGUGGAACUAUAUGGAUGCAGAGAAGGUGAUUUUGAUAUCAAAUAUGGAUACGAGUAUGUGUGCUAAAAAUGAUAAAGUAAAUGGAUGAAUGAACCAAAAAAUAUAUUUUUUGGUGACUGGUUUACUAGCGGGUUGAUUGAGUGACUGACUGACUGACGAAGUGAGUGACUGACAAAGUGACUGAUCAUGCACUGACAGACUGUGUUACUAUAAAAAUAAAUGAAUAAUGGGUGGAAAUAUGAAUGAAUGAACGGAUCAAUACAUAUUUGGCAACGAGAAGGUGGAUAAAUGGAAGGGUUUUAUUUAUAUGAUUUCAUAUUUCUAUCAAAAAUAGCGACAAUAUUUAAAGUAUCUAUCUCUGGUUACGAUUACAGAAGCUGACCUUCAACUGUAAAAAACAUAGCUCCGGGAAUGUUUAUAGUGAUAAUGAAAUAUUCUCUUAGGUGACUUUUGAUUAUUGCUCUACAUCUUCGGUUCUUAGAGUUUACUUUUCCUUCCUUCUUGAUUAAAGAUUUCACUCCACCAAAACCACCAACCUGCGUAGCACCUCUUGGUAUGCAAAAUAACCAGAUACCAGAUUCUGCUUUGAGGGCGUCCACGUCUUACAAUGUAAACUCUAUGGGUCCAAGGAAUGGAAGAUUGCAUUUCCAAGCGAAGUCAGGACAGUACGGAGCAUGGGCCACUUCAACAAAUAACAAAUUCCAGUACUUUGAGGUCAGUUUUGGCGAUUGGACCCAAGUAACUCAAGUAGCCACUCAAGGCAGACAAGAUGGAGCCUGGUGGGUUAAAAGCUACAUCCUUGCCAGCAGUGACGAUGGUGUGUUCUUUAGGGAUUAUCAAGAAGACAAUGAAGUGAAGGUACCUUAUUUACAUCGAAAGAAAAGAAUUUUUUUAAUACGCGGGGCGCACGUAAAGCAUGAGGUAAAUUCCAUCCCACCUCCGUAAGGUAUCAAUUUUACUUGCGUCAAUAUUUGGACAAGACAGAAGCAUCCAUCCCACACAUAGUUUAGUACUGAAUCAGUCUGGUAAACAGAAACGCCAAAUAUCGUAAGGUUCACCUCCAUGCGAAGCUAUUUAUGCUGAACAUUUUUCUCUUGGUUAAGUUAACAUUCUAAAGUAUUGAACCUUACAUUUUUGGUCAUUUUGUUUAAGGUUUUUACUGGAAACAGUGAUAAAUACUCGGUGGUGAAGCAUACUUUAAAGAAUCCAAUCAUCACUCGUUACCUCCGAAUCAAACCAAAGACAUGGCAAGGCUAUAUAUCGCUUAGAGCAGAGUUUUAUGGCUGCAGGGAAGGUAAAAUACAAAAAAAAAUUAAUGUUCCUCAUUAGGCGUUUAAAGAACGUAUGUGCUUCUUUUAGAUCAGUGAUGGACUUCUAGUGACAUAUUUGCUCAAGGUCACCUAAAUCGUUUCGGGUAAUGGGAGCUUUGUUUCCGACAGACAAUUACUAUAAUUACUACAAUUCCCGUUUGCCUCUUAUAUUAGUUUGUGAAGUGAGGCCUUAUUUAACUCACCAAAUAACAUUGAUGGAGGUUUUUCAGUCAAAAAAAAAACAAAACAGAAAAACAAAGAGAGACUCUGAAUAUGCUCUCUUUUGAAGAUUUCUGCAGCUGAGUAAAAAUAAAAUAAGAAAUAUAGAAAUAAUUUCAAUUCUAACUUUUUUCAAAAGGUUUUACGCCUCCAAAACCUAAAUGCAAAGAUCCCCUGGGUAUCGAAAGUGGAAAAAUUCCAAGCAGCGCCAUAGUGGCCUCUUCAAUGUACAACCAGUAUUUUGGACCGGAACGUGGCAGGCUUCGCGCCGUAAAAGAGGGAAGCUAUUACGGCGGCUGGGCUGCUCAGUAUAAUAACGUUCACCAGUUUAUACAGUACGACUUUGGUAAGUUUGUCAAGGUUACUGGUGUGGCAACUCAAGGGCGUUCCGACGCUAAUUGGAUGGUCAGCAGCUACAUCUUGGCCUACAGUCUUGAUGGCGUCUCUUUCACGACAUACGGUGCCGGUGAUGGACAAGUAUGAGUUUGAAAACUCCUUCUGUCUUUUGAACAUUAAUACUGAUUAAUUCUUUAAUUUACUUUUCAUUCAUAAAUUCUUUCAUUUUUUAUGAAAAGAACAAGCUACUGAGGCAUCAUGGUCUUACGUAUCUAUAGAAGAGUGUAGAACUGCGUAAUGGUCUUAACGACCUGUUGUGGAAUAGCCUCAACAUUCAUUCACUCAUUCUUUUAUUGACUCGUUCAUUUAUUAAUCUAACCACACAUUAAUCUUUCAUCAUUAAAUUCAUUCUUACACUCAUGCAUGUAUACAAACUUAUUCUUUCAUACUCUCACUCAUUCAUUCGUUCAUUUAUUCAUCUCUCGCUCAUUCAUACACCUACUGAGAACUUUAACCAACCCUCGAAAAAUCUUCCUAUCAGGUAUUUACAGGGAACACUCAGGAUAGAAAUGAACCCGCUGGUAGCGUCAUCGAUCCACCAAUAAUCGCCCGGUUCAUUAAGAUUCGUGUGGCAACAUCUAAAGGACAUCCAGCCUUGCGAGCUGAAUUUUAUGGGUGUACCGAAGGUAAUCUCCAUAGGAAAAUUUUUAGGUACUUCAGUAUGGGUUUCAAUUCAAAAACGAAUUGAGAAUGUCGUAUAAAAAUUUUGUAUCAUAUAUUCUGGAGUUACCUACAGGGUUUCAAUGAGAACGGGAACCCAGUCGGUAGAUAAUGUCAAUGGUCUACAGUGGAAAAGAAGGAAAGAGUCAACACCCCAAUUAGAAAGUUUUUAACGUAACAUACUACGAAAAAAAAGAAUCGACGAGUAUGUCAAUGAAAACUUUGCUGAAUUUUACUUAACCCCUCCAUAAUUUUCUCAGUAAGAAUCGUUGUAAAGUCAUUUAUAUUGCAAAACUUCUUCUUGGUACAUUAUCCCCGCUGUAGAAUGCUUGCGUUUCCUUUCAUUUUCUCCCUUGUUAUAUCUAUAGGAUUCGAAAAACCGAAGGCCUUGGUGUGCUUGGAAGCUCUUGGAAUGCAGAAUGAAAGAAUUCCAGACUCUGCUUUAAGUGCUUCAACAGGGACUGCCAUCAACGGCAGAUUACAUUUCCUUUACAGGUCAGGCCGACAUGGAGCCUGGAUAGCACAAAAAAAUGAUAGGUUCCAGUUCUUGCAAGCAAAUUUUGGAGACUGGACAAAGAUCACCCGAGUUGCCAUUCAAGGGAGAUCAAACGCGGAGCAGUGGGUGAAGAGGUUUAAACUUUCAUAUGGCUACGAUGCAGUGUUCUUCAAAGCUUAUUUAGAAGACGGUGCAGAGGUACCUAGCGUCGCUUUCUAUACUUAUGAGUAAUUUUUUCAUGAUAUACUUUAACAAUACUUUCCAUGAAAGAUAAAUAUGUAGCAGCACCAAAAUCGUGACAAUUUGUUGCACUGCUUUCCUUUCGUAUUUUUUCUUUGUUUUACGGUAUAGUGCCGUAGCAUAUUUUGUGCGUUCUGUUGCCCUAAUUUGGUAAAAUGGUGUAAUAGUGGAAUUGUAAAAGUCUGUUUGUGAAGUCAAAGCACUUACUCAGGGAUCUGGAAUAAAAAUGUGCAUAGCAUGGGUUUGGCAUCAGAUUUGUGGUUAGGAUGAGCUGAAGGUGUAGAGGAGGAGAAUUAAUAAAAAUAUUUUGUUCAGAUGAGAGGCUUAAGGUGAUUCCUUAGAACAAAAAAGUUAUAGAACAAUGUAUCUUAAACUUUCCAUAAAUAUUCCUUGCCAAUGUCUGUUUAAAAAAAUCAUAAGAGUAAAAAUGUAGGUCACUGUGCUUGUUCAAGAGCUAAAGACAAUUGUACCUCUUUACUGGGUCUAUUACUGAAAAACAAUACCCUGUUCUCGGAAUGCGCUCGCUUUUUCGCCUGAUUACGUGGUUUUUAGGCACAGUUCAGUAUGCGUAGUUCAAUGCUGAGGAAUCACCUUAAGCUUUCCUUUCAUUUGAAAAGGAUAUAUAAUCUUCUUGCGUUCUAGCAAUCCUCAGCUUUUGAACAGACAUAAAUGCCCUUGGAUUAAAUGCUUCUUAUUUUAUCCUGUGAAGGGGUAAAACACAAAAUUAAGGCCGGGUUUGGUUCAAAUCCAGAAUACUUUUCUUCUCUUUCGUAAAUACUAUCAGUUUUUUUUAGUGCCUUGUACAUGUAAUAUCCAGAUGAAGUAUUGAAACGUAGAAGAUUUGUUUACUCUGCGGAACGAUUUAAUAGAAAACGUGGAGGGUCAAGUACGGUAAUUGACUUCUUUCUCUUUUAGGUCUUUGCUGGUAGUGUUGAUCGAUAUACCCCAGCAUAUCAUGAUCUAAAAAAUCCCAUCAUCACUCGAUAUAUACGAAUUCAUCCAGUGGAAUGGUAUGGUCACAUAUCUAUGAGAGCAGAGUUUUAUGGUUGCAAAGAUGGUAAGGGAAAGCAAUAAAUAUUCCCGCGUGAUUGCCGACGUAAUAUGAGGCCAUUUAUGUGGUAUAAACUGGCAAGUUUUCUAGUAAGAUUAUGAUGUUCUGUAAAUAAUUUGUGGGACAAAAAUAUUUAUUAUAUACCAUACAAAUGAAUAGUACUUUUUGUGUGCGCUAAUUAGCUCGUUCGUAAGUGAUUUGCAAAUACUAUUCACCUGCGAGCAGUAGAACAGGCAAAAUCGCGCGUAGCUAUUUAAAGUCCCAACCACUUUUUGGUACAUUGAUAGAAUUAACUAAUUUUAAACAAUUAUUCACCUCAUUGUCGGUGAAAGUGGUGGACAUUUACCACACCACUUUGUAGCUUGGUAAAUAUCCAACAAUAUUUUCCCCCAGCACCGUAAAUAAUUGUUAAAAAAAAGUAGCGAAACAUGCUGCUUUUGCUUUGUAAAACGAAGAUCGACGGAUACGGCUCUUCUGAAGGGGUGAUAGUGAAGAGUGUGUAAUUCGCUUAUAAUCAGAAUCACUCUUUCCUCCCUUCGUUUCGAUUGGUGCUUCGCAGUUUCCUGGCUUUAACCAUCUUUGGUCUCAAAUUAUCAGGAUUUGAGCCCCCAAAACUGGAAUGCCAAGCAGAACUUGGAAUGAGCAACGGGAAAAUACCCAACAGCGCUAUCACUGCUACUACCAGCCUAAAUCAGUAUUAUGGUCCAGAGCGCGCCAGACUGAAUACAGUGAAGUCAGGGAGUUUUGCUGGAGCGUGGAUUCCUAAUGCGCAGGACCUUGGUCAAUGGAUACAAGUUAAUUUGGGAAAAAUUGCAAAAAUAACGCGUAUAGCCACGAGAGGGAGGCAAGAGGCGGGUCACUGGGUUAAAAGCUUCUCCCUUACCUACAGUGUUGAAGGUGGACCAUUCUUGCCUUACAAUGACAACCAGGUAAAAAAACAGCAACUUAAAUCUGCAGGUAUAGGGAGGACGUGACGUUUCGUUUUGUAUCGAGCCUCCUUGAGUUACAAAACUAAGUUUCAUUCCUCUAGCCACUAUAUAUUUUCGUAUUAAUGCUGCAGAAAGAAGGCCUGUGCCCCUAAAAUGAUCUUUUUAUAAGGUAUGAGUCAACUGACAAUUGUGUCCGCGCAGCUCAGCCGUGUUUUGGCUCCGAGGGGAACAAUUUAAACCUGUGUGUUCUUGAUUCCGAUAAGAGCAAGACAAAAAUAUCAGGAGGCCCUCAUCGAUAUCUUUGUUUAUUUACGUGUAGUGUGGUCCUCUCCACAUGUCACUUAUCUUAAAACGAUGCAAUCUACGUCAGUCUCAUCUCUUGGAAGUGUUCCUUUUUCUGACGAACAUGAAACACCCUUGUUACGUUUUAGUCCUUAAGUGACAGAAACAAUAAACUCACCAUCACCUCUCAUGUUUUAUAGGUUCUUCCAGGCAAUACGGACCAGAAUACAAUAGUUGGGAACAUUCUCAAUCCGCCUAUAAUAGCACAAUAUAUUAGAAUCCACGCAAAAGAGUGGCAAGGUUACAUAGCACUACGUUUCGAGCUUUACGGAUGCACAAGCGGUUAGUAAAUCGGUUUUUUCAAUAGUCUACAUGGGCCUAUUGCCACAAAGCCACUCAAAAACGUAUCAGAAUACAAUAACUCUCCAACCCCUCUAUUUUCCUUCAUUUCAAUGUUAUCUGUACAAUUUUGUUCGAGAAAAGUUUUUACAUGAAAAUUCUCCCUGCAGUUCAAAACGAGAAUUUUAGGUUGAGAAAAGAACUCUUGCGCGAAAAAAAAUGAAAGAACUUCUCUUUUUCUACCUUUAAUGGGAAACUUACCGAUGAAUUCUGAUUUCAGUAGUUGUUAAACCACGAAAAAAUCCUAUUUUACUAAAUUACAAAAAAAUUGAUCACAAUUAUGAAGGCAAAAAGAAGCAAUUCCAGGGAAGAAUGAUAAAAUGUAUGUUUAUCACAGCAUAUUUUGAUAUUGGGCACAAUGCAUACAGUAGUUUGCCAUGUAAGAGUCAAUUAACAAGGUCGCCGGAAAAUUUAGCUUUGCAGUCUGAUAUUCAUUCUGAGAUAAGAAGUAACAAGCAAGGUAAAUCAAAACCCCCUUUCCUGUAGAUCCCAUGAACUCAUCUAAUGUAAAACCAUAAUAAUAAUUUUUUGUUGAGCCACCGAUUUUCUUUGGUUCCUAGGUUUUUCCAUUCCCAGUGUUCCUCCAUGCCAGAUUCAACUUGGGAUGCAAAAUGGCAAGAUACCAAAUUCUGCAUUGUCAGCCUCAUCGAAAUUGAAUGCUAAUCAUGGUCCUGAAAAUGCGAGACUUCACUUUCAUCCCGUCGGAGGCCGCCAAGGAGCCUGGAUUCCAAGCGUUCAGAACCAUAAUCAGUGGUUCCAGGUUGACUUUGGAGUUGAGACCCAGGUCACACGAAUUGCUACCCAGGGUCGCCAGAAUGCAAAUCAGUAUGUCACAAAAUACACGUUAAGAUACAGUCUCGAUAAAUCUUACUGGAACCAGUAUCAACCAUUUGGUUACACCUUGGUGAGUAAAAAGUCUCUCAAUUUACCAUGGAGUAUUUUAUCAUCAUCAUCGUUAUCAUUAUUUUCAUUGUUUUUUUUUUUUAAAGACAUUUUUGGCAAACAGUGACCGGUACACAGUCGUAAGCCACGAUUUACCCAAACCUAUUCGCACGCGCUAUUUGAGGAUUGUUCCAGAGGAAUGGUACAGCUACAUCGCCCUGAGGGCUGAAUUCUACGGAUGCAAGACAAGUGAGAUUAAAUAUCUUGCGUGUAUCAAUAAUUUUAUGUUGGCUUUUUCUGAUUUUGUUGUUAACAACUGUUAGUUACCUUAAAGUACUUUCAUAAGGAUCGCUAUGGGGUAAAACAGCCAAAAAUUUAGAGGAGUUAACCGUAAUAAUUUUCCUUUCUAUAACAUGUAAUUUUGAGUAAUUUUGGGUUGACUGUUCACUGUUAAAUUGCCAAAAUUUUAAAUGUUCGCCGUAAAAGCCAUUACCACAUAAAGACCCUUUUGUAGACACUGUGUUACGUCAUAUAUGCGGUGAAAAAGAUUUUUUUAUGUAUUUUUAGAUAAUAGAUAUCACCUGCUAGAAAAAAAAUUGCAAACACUUCAUCAUCUUUGAUUUUCCACCGUAGAUGACGGAGGGUUUUCAGAGUGGGGCUCUUGGUCUCAGUGUUCCAAAACGUGUGGAGAUGGGCGUCGGAGUCGCCGUCGAUCAUGCACCAAUCCCCCUCCAAGCCCUGGUGGAAAGGACUGCUCUGACCUGGGACCUGACACACAAUAUGAAGAUUGCAAUGAUGGAAGCUGCCCAGGUAAACGCAUAAAAAUUUUUCAGUCAAAAUCCCACUUCUUAUCUUGAGAGAUUCAUUGGAAAAAAAGUAACAUUUAUUAAGGAUGAGAACAUCAAAGUGAAAAAUUGUGCUCGGCUUCAAGCUGUCUAUCAAAAAAUCAAAUUUUCUGUCAAAGAUUAUCGCCCUUAAAUGGAGCAGGAAUUUCUAGAGGACACUAGCAUGAUUAUGCUAACAAUAAUUUUUAUUUUCGUUUUGAAGUGAAUGGCGGAUACUCUGCUUGGUCACAAUACGGCAAAUGUACCAAGACGUGUGGUGGCGGAGUAGAAACACGCAAGCGCACUUGUACCAAUCCACCACCUGCGAACGGAGGCAAAGACUGUGAUAGUCUGGGACCAGACAUUUCAACAAGAGAAUGUAACACACACAACUGUCCAAGUGAGAAACUGUUAACUUACUUUAACGAACUUUAGAUAAGGCAAAUAUGUGUUCUUUCCCUUGAAUAUCAAUUAAAAUAGCGAUUGUUUUGAAGGAGAAGCAUACCUGGUCUAUUUCGUGUCACCUUCUGCAUUGCUUGGAUCCAGUAACGGAACGUGGUAGCUUUGAGUUUAUUUCGCUGGUGGUAAAAGGAUGAUGACUGUGAUAACCAUGAUGAUCAAUGUUUUGUAUUGAUUUUGCAUUUUUGUGGGAAUUUCAAAAUAUUCAUAAUUAAAUAGACAAUUUAUUUAAGGCUUUUUUCAACGUUAAUUAUACCAUAGUGAAUAUUGGUUAAUAAUGAAUAUUGGUGACGGACAUGACAUGCUAGAUUUGGAUUGGUUCGAAUUCUAUUCUUGGCCAAGGUUAUGUAGUUAUUUUCUUGGCCAAGACACAAUUUGCACUCAGUGUCCUCUUCUAGAUAUUCUGAAGCAUUAAUAAUAACAAACAAACUGUUAGCAAAAGUUUAUGAAAUUCCAGGGGGUGGAAUAGAUAGGUAUUUCCUCCAGAGGAAGUAGCCACAUCCCUGGUCGCUUUGGAAAGCCCUAAAGGUGCAGGUCACUUGGCUUAUGAACCGUUUAGCACUACACAAGGCAACAGUUGACUUCUUCUUUCUUUCCAGUUGAUGGUGGUUAUAGCAAUUGGCUCGAAUGGAGUGCUUGUUCUGCUUCAUGUGGUGGAGGAAGAAGAGCGCGCAGCAGGAAAUGUGACAACCCUGUUCCACAGCAUGAUGGAAAGAACUGCGUCGGACCCUCAUUGGAAACAGAGCAGUGCAAUAACGAAGAUUGCCCGAGUAAGCGCGCUACAUAUUCAUUUAUUUUGAAUUUUAAAGGCAAUUGAAAAAAAGCAAACCCCAUGGAAAUUGCAGUUCGAAUUGAAAAUUCUAGUGUUUAUAAAGCUAUAAUAGCGAAACAUUCUAUACUCUCUCAAAGAGGGUUGAACGGUGCACGGUUCGUCAAACUAUAUGUAGGUUGGAUUAUUUGUGUAAAGUGAAUUUUCAAUCUAUUAGCCUGGGGAUUUACCAUCACAUUUAGUGAAAACCUCCAAAACUGUAUUAGUUCAUUGAUUGAUUCCGUUAGGAAUCAAAUCCAAAGGUCAGGGUCGUACCUUUUACAUCAAUAUUACCUGGAGGCCAGUGAUACAUUUGUUUUUCACCCGCUGUGUAUCAAAGAAGUAAAUAAAUAACUUUCAAUUGUUGAUGUCAUGAUAAAGAAACUCAUAAAACCUCAUCUAUUUGUAGGGAAUGGUGGGUACUCUGCUUGGGGGCCAUAUGGCAAAUGCACUAAAACGUGUGGAGGUGGAAAGCAAUAUCGAGAGCGAACUUGCACAAAUCCACCUCCAAGUGCCGGAGGAAAGGAUUGCUCGGGACUUGGACCAAGUAAAUCAAGCAGAGAAUGCAGCAAUCAAAAUUGCCCCAGUGAGUAUGUGUUUAUUUAAAGACUGAAGUGUACCAUACGGAAAGCUUAAUUUUCCCAGUGCGCAGAGGAAAUUAAAAAAGGCAUCAGCUGCCAACUACAACGCUUAGGUCUGAAUCAAAAGAGAGAAAGUACCAUUUCGACCUGCGGAAAGAAACGCAACGGAAGAUAUGAUCUUCGCAAGUGAUCUGCAUUCAAAAGAUUUAGGAAAAGGAUGUUUUACGUGUAACUGUUUGGACGACAUUGAAUAACAUAACAAUCCCCAACUUCAACUCUAGUUCCUUAAUUGUUACCUUUGCAUACCGAACGUAAAACGGUCUUUAUUAUGUACGAAUCCAUUAUUGUCACGUUUACGUAGUUGACGGAGGUUACACUAACUGGAACGGAUGGAGCAAAUGUUCUGUUAGCUGUGGAGGAGGAACACGCCAACGUGAUCGGCAGUGCACCAAUCCCAAACCGCAACAUGGUGGAAAAGAUUGUUCGGAACUGGGGCCCAUCCGUCAGACAGGAGUUUGUAAUACAGCUGGAUGUCCAGGUUCACAUAUUCUGUGUAUAAUUUGGAUCAAUGUCAGUAUCUCAGCAACCGCGCAGCUACCCCUUACCCAGCGUACUUUCACAUUAGGGGAGGGGUUGGUGCGCAGCUGCUCACACUGCUCACAUCAGAUCAUUUCAUGUUGAGAUUUUUUAACAUCUCUCGCCAUUAAUUAAUUUGGCUUAAACUUCUUGCCGUUGAGCCCCACUAACUCCUCUUCAUUUACGACAUUUUCUUCUGCUUCUGACCUUCUUUACUAAUUUUUAUCCGUAUGCUAAGUUCAUAAGAUCAAUAGUCAGAUAAACCACUGCCAGUAAUUUUGAGGUGAAAGAAUCCUAAUUUUUAAGACCAAAUUUUUGAUCUGAGUCAAAUCAAUAUUUUUAGUUGAUGGAGGUUAUGGACCUUGGGGUUCCUGGGGCGACUGCUCUAUUACUUGUGGCAAGCAAAAGGGCAAACAUACACGUGAUCGCUUGUGUAAUAACCCAGAACCAAAGGAUGGUGGGAAGGACUGUUCAGGUCUUGGAAAGGAUAGCGAGACAAAGUCGUGCACACCACCAAUAAAGAAAUGUCCCGGUAAGUUUACCGAUAAUAAUAACCACGACAAAAUCAAGUUCAGUUGAGCUUGCUCACCGAUUUCAAUUACUGUAUUACUAUCGUUUUCCCAUAAUCCCUGGAGGAUGUUUUAUUUAUCAAUACCGUGAUCCAACCUCUGCUCGUGUGGAAACACUGAGUGGUUUCCACUCCUCUACCUCGAGAUUUUUAAGCCACUCACUAGGCGCACAAGAUUAUUCCCAGACGACUAGAUGCAAGAAUUCAGAAAUUACUCAAGUCGGAUUAUCUUUGAAGAGGCCUCAUAAAACAUAUUGAGACCCUCAGCUUGAUCGUCUCCUGUUAUGCAAAGUUUAUGAUUCUUCUUUUGAUUACGAGCAUGUCAUUAAGCGCAUCAUUUUUACUCCCAGUGGACGGCGGAUGGGGAGACUGGAGCGAUUGGAGUAAGUGUUCAGUUACAUGUGGAGGAGGAGAACUGAUCAGAGAAAGAAAGUGUAACAAUCCUAAGCCUGCAGCUGGUGGUAAGGAUUGUGAAGGAGACGAGGCAGAGACGAAAUCGUGUAACCCUCAAGUGUGUGGACGUAAGUAAAGGACGUUUGCAUUCUCCUUUCUUUACAUGCCGUAAAAUGUGUACUACAGAUGGAAACUAUAUUUGUCACGCUGAACUCCCGAUAGUGGACUCCGAGGUCAAGCCUUCGAUUUGUCACCGUAUUUCGUAAUUUUUAUGCAUCAUUAACAAUGUUGAACAACUGCAACUUUCUUUUACGAGAUUUAUGAUUUUUUUUUAAAGCUGUAUAAUUUGAUCCAAGAUUAAUUUUCCAAGCCUCUAAACGGUUUCACUAAUAGGGAGUAGUUGGACAAAUGACCGGAGAGGGUGUGGAAGGGGUCUCCUGCAAUGCGCAAGUUUCCCGCUCACUGGAAAAAUACUCACAAUAUUUUUUCUUCGUUUUCUCAAAAGCUGAAUGGAAGCCAGUGGGUUGCUUUAAGAAUAGUGAUCGCGCUCUCCACGUGGUUCUUGAGAGAGUGGGAAGCAAGAAAUCAAUAAGCGCCCGCUAUGCCGCGUGCACGUCAGCGGCUAACAGUGAAGAUGUGGCCUUGUUUGGUAUGGACGACAGGAGAUGCUGGACUGGUGAAAAUGCAGAAAGCACAUUCAGCAAAUAUGGAACCUCAGGGCAGUGCAAGACAAAGAAUGGAUUGGGUAGU